AAUUCCUGCCGCUCCUGCGCCUUUUCUUCGCCUCUUAGCCCGGGCUCUCAAGAAUUCUUCGGAGAACGGGGAGGGAGUACUCUUUGAUUCUCUCAUUGGAUUACCUUCAGCAGCAGGGUGAUCGGAUUGCCGCCGGAAUGCUGCUGGUGCCAGUCGCCCUAAUUUACCUGGGCUCCUUCGCCUUCCUGGGGGCGGACACUGCGCGGCUCGAUUUGGCUUCAGAGUUCAGAAAGAAAUGGAACAAAUGGGUUCUGAACAGGGGAAAGAGGGAAUUGCGAGUGCCGGGCAAUCCUCUCGCUAGCCUAGCCGAAGUGAAGACUGGUCCUAUCCAGACGUUUAUUCGGCCCCAGGAUGUGAAGGGUGCUUCCCGGAGUCCACAGCCCAGCAAUCCGGACGCAGCCCACAUACGCGUCAAGCGCUACCGCCAGAGCAUGAAUAGUUUCCCUCACUUCCAGAGCCUGCGCAUCGGCUGCCGUUUUGGGACGUGCACUCUGCAGAACCUGGCUCACCAGAUCUACCAGCUUACGGACAAAGAUAAGGACGGUUCGGCGCCCCCCAACAAAAUCAGCCCCCAGGGCUACGGGCGCCGGCGUAGGCGCUCGCUCACCAAGGGUAGCCCUGUCCGGACAAUCACCUCUUCUUCCUCCUCCUUCUCAGGACUGCUGCGGCAGCAGUAGCUGUAGCCGCGCUUCUGGCCGCUCGGCAAGCCAGCCAGCCUGCGUUGCGAGCCGAUUGCGCCCGGCGCUGCUUCGAGGGGCCGCCUUCCUCUGGACGUAGGGGGCGGUAGCCGCGGCAAAAGCACAGCCCUGCACCCAAUGGGCGCCGGCAGGCCGGCCUCCAAGCGUGUGAGGAGGAGGCCACUCCGGCGGGAUGAAGAACUCGAGCGCAGGAGGUGUAAGGUCCACAGAGGCGCUCCCUCCUUCUCCCCUACUUUCGCUGGGAAUGUCCUCUCCUAGUGGAAACCGACCGCGGUCGCAUUUUGCCCUCACGCCCUUUGCUUCUUCCGGACUCCAGCCCGCAUCCAAGCUGCGGGGACCCUGGCCGGGCCCGGGGUCCCCUGAAGAAUCACUCCGAAGAGGCCGGGGCUGUGAGAAAGAUGCCUGGGAUUAGCGCCGUGUGAAGAACGGAAGAUCUCGGGAACUUGGGCUUGCUGAAGCGGCCCGAGCGGAGAAUGUGCCGGCUUCUUCCCCCUGUCGGGCGGGGAAUCUCGUAACUACUUGAACUUUUCAUAACAGAGGAAAAGUGCAAUGGUGGCGUUUUAAACUGUGUUUUCAUAGAGAGGUAACUAUCUGCUAUUUAUCUUGCUGUCAAGUUUGGUGUUUUUGUUUUUUUGUAAAUCAGAGUUAUUUUUGUACGUUAUAUAUUGUAUAAGGGCAUUUUAAAGCAGUGUAUAUCUCCCUCCCCUUGUGUUAAUUUUAAUAUGAGAAUGUCACAGAUUGAUCUCAGACUGGUAUAACCCUCACAGUCAUAUUGGGGUGAAGUGGGUGUGUGAAAUGAGUGAGUGUGUUAAGAGAGAAAGCGUGAGUGGAUGACAUUCCUUUCUGGUGGAAAAUGAAAUUCCAUGUCUCUGUAUAUUAUAUUUUCUUAAAAGGGAUGAUGAUAUGGCGAAUAGCAAAACUAAUAAACAGUUACAAUAC